GGAGUGAAAAGUGUAUGGUUGUUAAAUCAAAUGAGCUUUAAACAUUCCGGUAUAUUUUACAUAGUAUCAGAUGCUUGGCUGCAUAAAGUUUAAGUAUAUCGCUGUCAUGCAGUGAUAUCGAUUAUCAACGACCUUGUACUAUGGAAUGUAUAUAUAAUCGUGAAAGAUCGGGUAUUUCAAUAUUCUCCGUAAAAUACACUAUUAUAAUUAGCACAAAGGCCGAGGUGAUCAGAUUGACUGUACAAUUGUACACUUCACAGUUAAUAAGUGGUUUUGAUAUUCAGUUUAAAAACUAGAUUAAGUGAAAAAGUAAAGCUGUUUUAACAGGUGAAUUACAGUUUGAAAUGGAAGUCGCCGGAAGGAAGUUAAAAACAGAAGAAGGAACUUCAGUAGAUGUGUUAUGUGAACCAUGUCAUGCUGAAAACACGAAAACUAAAGCAAAUGGAGUAUGUCGAGAAUGUAAGGAGUACAUGUGUACUGCGUGCUUCCGGCAUCACCUUAAAGCUAAACUUUGUAGAAAUCACGUGUUACUUCCCACAGUUGAGCUGUCUUCAAUGUCGCUGGAUAGCAGUACAGAAGACGUGGAAAAAUGUGGGAAGCACGAUAAUGAACCCAUCAAAUUCUACUGUCGUACACAUGAUAUUGUGGGGUGUGGCGACUGUAUAGUGUUAGGACAUGCAACUUGUAAGCCAGAAUAUAUCAAGGAUCUAUCAAAGACAUUUGGAAAUGAAGACGAAUUUAAAAACUUAGUAGCGAAACUAAAAACGCUUGAAGAGUACAAGACAGAAAAUGGGAAGACAAUUCAAAAAAAUAAAUACGAAAUUGAAUUGACGAAUGAAAGGGCUUUGAAUGAAAUUCGGCAAUUCAGAUCAAACAUAAAUAUCUAUUUGGACAAGGCAGAAGCCAAUAUCUUAUCUGAGGUAGAACAGAUAUCCGCGGAAAACACAAAAAUGCAGACAAAGGUCGAACAAGACGUAAAGACGUUGAUAUCAGAAAUCGAGGAAGUAAAACAAAAGCUGAACACGCAGCUGCAUCAUGGAUAUUCAUUGUUUAUCAAUGCAAUUAGAUGCAAGUCUAAAUUCGAUGACAUUGAAAAGAUGCAUGCGAAAAUAAAGAAAGAACAUGUCUUGAAAAGGUUUGAGUUUAUCCGUGACGAGAAUAUCGCAGGAAUAUUACAAGCUGCACAUCAUCUUGGAAAACUGAGAAUUAAUUCAAGUCUCGGUGGAAAACCGCAAUCAACCGACUUUGUUGUAGGUGCACGUGUACGUCGGGGUCCUGAUUGGGAAUAUGAGAAUCAGGAUUCAGGGGGACCAGGCACUGUGACAAAUUUAGAAUUAGAACCAGGAUGGGCAGUGGUGAAUUGGGAUAAGGGACCAUCAGGAAUUUACAGGAUAGGAGUAAACGAUGCCUUUGAUCUACAGCUCAUAUAAUCCUUCUUUGUGAUGAUAGCUUUUUAACUUUGAAUAUCGUAAAAUCUUGAAGUUCUGGGAAGUAUUUAGUUGGUUUACACUGAUAUUACUGUCUCCUUGAUAGUUGCCUCCCUUUACAGACUACAAACAUUUAAAAGGAAUGUGUUCUUCUAUUAUUACUUUUAAGUUACUGACUAGUUUCAAUAUGUUCCAAAACAAUAAGGCUGAAAAUAUUUGCAAGUGUAUAUUGCUUCAAAAUGAACAUAUGAUUCAUUUAACAGAAUUAAUCAAUAAAUAAAAUCUGGAAAGUAGAUCCCUCGGAAGCACCGAGAACAAGGCAAGCAGUGAAAUUGCAGACUCGGUUUGAUUGAGUCUGUUCAUGAGCAGUAAUGGAAAAUGCAACACUGCCCACGCUACAAUUUCGCUUGGUAUUGGUUUUUUGUUUCCAUAGAAACUUCCAGAUGUCAUGGGCAGGUGGGACGUGAUUAAAAAAGUUGGUGCUUGUCCUUUGAUACUAGGAAUUAAUUUAAAGAUGCACACCUCCAGAUUUAUAUCAGUUUGUCGAAAUUUAGAUAAUGCUUUCAUUAGUUAGUUAUUGCAAUAAAAACAAAAUAAAACUGAACCCGUGUAAAAUGACUUUAAAUUUACCCAAGGCCAGUCAAUCACCAUUAAUUAGGAUAACUUGGCAUUACAACUUUCGCCCCCUCCCCUGUCCCCAAUCCCCUGUAGCUUUUCAUACAACUGAAAUAUUACCUUCCUAAAUAUUUUAUAGGUUUAACAUUUAUUCUGAAAUAUAUACAUUCUUGCUUACUUACAACUGGAAUUUAAACUUUUUCAGAAAGACUGUAUCAUGUGUAAAUUUUUAAUAAUUCAUAUGUCUCCUAAAAAUCAUAUGUUGCAUAUGUAACUUGAGUUAUUAAAGUUAUGUUAUGUUC